GAGAGAGGAGACGGGAGAGAGACACCACACACACGGCACAAGAUGGCCGGAGAGGCAGCAGCACCCCGAGCUGUCAGGCGCUCCGCUGCGGUGGCGGCGAGAGGCGGUCGGCAAGGCGGGGAGUCGCGCCCGACCCGCUCGGGGCUCGGAGGGGCGCGGUGGCGGGGUCUGCCGAGCCCCGGCUCACCGAGGCUUUGCGGGGGCCGCCGAGGAAAGGAGAUCGGGUGGGAGGGGGGGCGGUAGGCAGUAGCUGUGGCUGCCGCGGCCGCUGCGGCACUCGCUCGAUGCGGACUCCGUCCCUAGCGCCCUCGGCCCCUGGCGGGCUGCGGGAGGCGCGGCUGGGGUCGCAGCCCGCCGGGCGCGGGGAAGGCCGGCCGCGAGGAGGAGAGCUCGGGGGGUCGGGGUCCCUGCCGCCCUCGGACCGGAUAAUAUGCAGAAUAAAUGGACUUUAAUGGUGGUUCCAAAGAAAUUGAAGGCUUAAUUAGAGGAACAUGCUUCAUUUCUGAAGAUUGAGAUGGCUGAAGGGUAGCCAUUGAAAUAUAAAGGCAUCUUUGAAAAAGUCUUGUUUUUUGUGAAGCAGCCCAGUCAACUUGAAGAGUCUCAAGUGAAGUCUACCCUGAGGAAUCAAGAUGGCAGUUCACUGUGGAUUGACAAUUUAUGGAAAAUGGAUUAAUGCAAGUGUGCUGUGAUAUAUAUUCAACCAAGAGGGGUGUUUUGACUUGGAUUCCAUGCAUUCAGUGAAGAUCUAGGUUACUUGAUCACCUUAAGAAAAAUGGACAAUGGAUUUCAUUUUCUUCAGAGUUUUUUGAUCUUUCAUGGCCAAAUAGAUUCUGGACAUUUUUGAAAAAACAUUAUUAAAAAUAUAACUAGAAAAUUGAUAGAAAUGAUUUUUGAUAAGUCAAUUUGAUUGUAUAAAGAAUGUACUUAUGUGUUCUUAAUUUUAAUAAAAUUUUUAAUGUUUCUACACUUCCCUAGUUUAUUUUUUGACUGAAAAAAUUACCAUUUAAUUAGGGGCAAAAAAAAUGUCCUUGACUGCUGCAGUUAUGGUUACAGAAAGUAAUUAAAGCUUGUAAAAAUUAAAAGUUGAAUGAUGUUAAAUAUUUUACUUGAAAUGAGUGUGCUGAUUUUUUUUCCUGAAGACAUGGUUACAAAUCAAGAGAACUUGUGAUGAAUAAUUUUAUUUAAAAUCAUAGUCAUGUUUGAUUUAUUGAAAAAAAUCACUCGGUUCUUGAAUUAAAAUAGUAGCUGCAUAGUAUUCAGAAAAUCAAGUUAUAACUGAUUUUCAUGAAAUGUAAUAUACCACUGGUACAUCCUUUUAAUUAAAUGAUUAAAUUUGGCCAAAAAAAAUAAGAGUAGAUUGUAUAACAGGUUAUUCAAGACUUACUUGAUUUAAUUACAAAGCAGCUCUAAUAUUUUAUAAUCAACACAAAGGCAAAAUAUUUUCAGGUUAGAAAGUUGACUUAGGUAUUGUUAUUAAACUGAUGGGUUUUCUAUUGUGUCUUCAUAUUGAGGAAAAAAAGGAAGAGUCUAGUGUAGAUGGAAGUAAGCCUUUUCUAUGGUAUAAAAUGUUGAUGAUAUCCAUUUGUAAUAUGUGAUUAUUAAAGACAUAAUAGUGUUUGUAAACCUAUGCAUGUCUUCUUAAUUGUGCAACUUGGAUUUUUCUAAAAUUUAUCUUUGAGAUUUCAUAAGCUAUUCUGCCUCACUUCAUACAUGUUCAAUUUAAAAUCAGUGUUGUAUCCUAAUAUCAUUUAGGAUAGUUUGUUUAUAUCCAAUAACAAAUGGAUUGAGAUGGAUGAAUUGAAUUUUUAACAAUAUGUAGCUUGUUGAUAUAAGAUGUGAUAGCCUUUAAAAGGUGGAAUGAAUUUUCAAGAUUUCUGUUGAAGUCAGAGGGCAUCUUGUAAGUAUGUUGAUGUAAAUGGUUCAUGUUUAUACAUAAUUAUUAGGUAAUAUUUGGUUAUUUGCUAUUUCCAAUGGUGGUGUACGUGACUGUGAUGUUCUUUGGUGUUGGUGAUAGUUGGUCUUGCUGAAUUAGUGAUGACGUCUUCUUGAAUAGUCUUACCUUAUUGAUUCUUGAUAAUGAUUUUUUUUUUUUUUUAAUGAAGGGAUAAUUUAGAUUUUAGUGGUUUUUCUUAGAGGUCUAAAAUUGGAUUAUUUUAGUGAGGGAGUAGUAUUCUACUUUUGAGAAUUUACCUAUUGAAUAAGAAGGAUUUGUUUUAUUUCUGAUUUUCUUUUUAUUUGCUUGAAUUACAUAUGGUGAAAUAAAAGGCGGUUUGGAUAUUGGGGUUUGACUUGAGAAAUUAUUUUUCCUUUGGUAAUCUAGAGGUCAUGGUUUUUUAUUCUCUAAUUUCUUCCCCCUCCAUUACCAACAAAUACCAGGAUUUGGUUAAAAUUAGUAACUAAACUCAGCCUAACUUGGAUUUUGUUUUUCUGUUGAGUAUGGAUUGUUAAUAUUUCAUGUGCUGGUUUGGUGAAAAUUUUGGGUGUAUAAGUUCUGGUCUAUUUGGUAUGGUGGUUGUUGAUGAUAACAGAUUCUGGAAUUGGCUGUAAGAUUCAUAAUAAUUGUUUUAAGUAAUUCUGUUGUUAUGGUUCUUUGCUUUUAUGUUUAUAAUAUUGUCAAAACUCUGCAAUAGGUUAAAGAAUUUUGUGAAAAUUGAAAAUUUGUCAGUUGGUAUAAUGAAAAACAGUUGGCUUUGAUUUUUUGCUCUUAUGGAAUUGGACACUAGGGAGGCGCUCUUGAGUUGAAAGAGUUAGUCCUUUUUUGCCUUGUGGUAUGGGAAAAGAUUUAUUUUUUUUCUCAUUUGUAGAAUUUUAGAUAUUAUUACACAAAGUUUAGAGGUUACUUAGGAGAUUAAGUGCUUUUAUUUAUAAAAUAUGUUACUUGGGGUGGGGGUAAUUUUUUGAAACAAGAUUAGCUAUUAUUUAAUCAAUGGCUCAAUCUAAGAACUGCCCCUCUUUCAAAAUGGCUUUAUAAAGCACCACUUCCUGUCCAGAGAGGAAGUAAUUUUAGCUCAAGGACUGAAAUAUUUAGCAGAUCUUUAAACAAAAGGAACAAAUUACAUUUUUGUCUGGCUUGAAAAGGGUGCUUGAACCAGAGGGGGUUAAGAUGCCCUCCCUCCUCCCUGUGGGGGUGAUUUGAAGAAGCCAGAGGGUGUGUAUGGGUGUGUGUGUGUGUGGGGUCCUUAAGCUCCCUUCUUAGAUGGAGGCUUUUUUUUUUCUUUUUUUUUUUUUUUUUUUUUUUUUUUUAGUAGGAAUGAAGGGGUGGGUCUAUGGUACAUCACCUGAGUUGUGGGGUAAAUGUAGAGAGUGUCAAUCAAAGGCAGAGCUCUCAGAGCUGGGAAGGAGGCUCUAGAUGGCGGCUGUGCCUUAGAGAGCGCGCUCAGCUCAGCUCCCUGCCUUCUCCACACUUUACGCAACUUUCUCUAACUUUCGGGCAGCCUCAGGGGGCCCCCGCAGCCCCCUUCCUCUCCUGGUGACCUAGUGGGGUAGAUUUGAGCCAUUUUUAGGGAGAAAAGCAGUUUUUAGGGGGUCUUUUUUCGUGCCUUGUUGGAAAGAAGAAGCCCGUACUGAGAGCCAGGUCGUUGUUUUUUCCAGCUUAGAAGCCAUGGCGCACCUCCAUUUUUGUGCGCUCUCCUAAUGAGCUUUUUUCCCCCGGACCUUUUUUGUAUUAAUUAUCGCUUAUUUUUUUUAAACAGUAAACCUUUUUGGAUAGUUUUUAUUUAUUUUUUGUUCUUAAGAGAACAUUUAACGUUUAUUUUUUAAUUAUUCGGGAAUCUAAUGUUUUUCUACUACUAGAUACUCUCGGUUUGGACCUGCUACAUGGAUCAGUAAAUACCUGAGCACAAGACUUCAAAGCAAACACAGAUUCACCUCCCCCCUUUUAAUAUUUAAGAAUUAAAAGAUGAUGAGAAAUAAGGACAAAAGCCAAGAAGAGGACGGUUCAGUACACAGCAAUGCAUCGAGUCAUUCAGCAUCUGAAGAAGCAUCAGGCUCAGACUCAGCUAGCCAGUCUGAAAGUGAACAGGGCAGUGAGCCAGGCAGUGGGCAUGGCAGCGAAUCAAACAGCAGUUCGGAAUCUUCAGAGAGUCAGACUGAGUCCGAAAGUGAAUCAGCAGGUUCCAAAUCCCAGCAAACCCCACCGGAAGCCAAAGAAAAGCCAGCUUCUAAGAAGGAACGUAUAGCUGAUGUUAAAAAGAUGUGGGAAGAGUAUCCUGAUGUAUAUGGAGUUAGGAGAUCAAAUCGAAGCCGACAAGAACCAUCUAGAUUUAAUAUUAAAGAAGAGGCAAGUAGUGGUUCUGAGUGUGGGAGCCCAAAAAGAAGAGGCCAGAGGAUACUGAAAAAACAAGAAAAAUGGAAAAAAGAGGCAUCUGAGGAAGAGGAUGAGGAAGAUGAACAAGAGCAAGGGACCAGUGCAGAGAGUGAACCAGAACAAAAAAAAGUGAAAGCCAGACGACCUGUCUUGAGGAGAGCAGUGCCUAAAACCAGUGUUAAAAAGCAGCAUAAGCCACAACGUGGAAAAAGAAGAAAGAAACAAGAUUCUUCUGAUGAUGAUGAUGAUGACGAUGAUGAUGAGACUCCAAAAAGACAAACUCGUCGCAGAGCUGCCAAAAAUGUCAGUUAUAAGGAAGAUGAUGAUUUUGAAACUGACUCAGAUGAUCUCAUUGAAAUGACUGGAGAAGGAGUUGAAGAACAACAUGAUAAUAGUGAGACAAUUGAAAAGGUCAUGGAUGCAAGACUUGGGAAAAAAGGUGCCACCGGAGCUUCCACUACUGUUUAUGCAACUGAAGCUAAUGGCAACCCUAGUGCUGAUUUUGACCCUGAAAAGGAUGAGGGAGAAGUUCAAUACCUGAUUAAAUGGAAGGGCUGGUCCUAUAUUCACAGCACAUGGGAGAGUGAGGAAUCCCUACAGCAACAGAAAGUGAAGGGGAUGAAAAAACUGGAAAAUUUUAAGAAAAAAGAGGAUGAAAUCAAACAAUGGUUAGGGAAAGUUUCACCAGAAGAUGUAGAAUACUUCAAUUGCCAACAAGAGUUAGCCUCUGAGCUGAAUAAACAGUAUCAGAUAGUGGAGAGAGUUAUCGCUGUGAAGACCAGUAAAUCAGCAUCUGGUCAUACAGAAUUUCCAGCUCACAGUCGAAAAUCAUCAUCAAAUGAACCUGAAUAUCUAUGCAAGUGGAUGGGACUGCCAUAUGCAGAAUGUAGUUGGGAAGAUGAAGCUCUGAUUGGGAAGAAAUUCCAAAGCUGUAUUGAUAGUUUCCAUAAUAGGAACAAUUCAAAAACCAUCCCCACAAGAGACUGCAAGGUCCUAAAGCAGAGACCAAGGUUUGUUGCUUUAAAAAAACAACCAGCAUACAUAGGUGGAGAGAACCUGGAGCUUCGAGAUUAUCAGUUAGAAGGCCUCAAUUGGCUUGCUCAUUCCUGGUGCAAGAGUAACAGUGUGAUUCUUGCUGAUGAAAUGGGCCUAGGAAAAACCAUCCAGACCAUAUCAUUUCUGUCCUAUUUGUUCCAUCAACACCAGCUGUACGGCCCCUUUCUUGUGGUGGUGCCUUUAUCUACUCUCACUUCAUGGCAGAGGGAAUUUGAAAUAUGGGCACCAGAGAUUAAUGUAGUAGUUUACAUAGGAGACCUGAUGAGCAGAAAUACGAUACGGGAAUAUGAAUGGAUCCAUUCUCAAACCAAGAGGCUAAAAUUUAAUGCACUCAUAACAACAUAUGAGAUCCUCCUAAAAGAUAAGACUGUGCUGGGCAGUAUUAACUGGGCCUUUCUGGGAGUGGAUGAAGCCCAUCGGUUGAAGAAUGAUGACUCUUUAUUGUAUAAAACUCUGAUUGAUUUCAAGUCCAACCAUAGGCUCCUGAUUACUGGGACCCCUCUUCAGAAUUCCCUCAAAGAGCUCUGGUCCUUGCUGCACUUUAUUAUGCCAGAGAAGUUUGAGUUCUGGGAAGAUUUUGAAGAUGACCAUGGAAAGGGGAGAGAAAAUGGUUAUCAAAGUCUUCAUAAGGUUCUAGAGCCUUUCCUUCUUCGAAGAGUAAAAAAGGAUGUGGAAAAAUCUCUUCCAGCCAAAGUGGAACAGAUUCUCAGGGUGGAGAUGUCUGUCCUUCAGAAGCAGUAUUAUAAGUGGAUUUUGACUAGGAAUUACAAGGCUCUCUCCAAAGGGACAAGAGGCAGCACAUCUGGCUUCCUUAACAUUGUGAUGGAACUGAAAAAAUGCUGUAACCACUGCUAUCUCAUUAAGCCUCCAGAAGAGAAUGAACGUGAAAAUGGACAGGAGAUCUUGCUGUCCCUGAUCAGGAGCAGUGGGAAGCUGAUCCUCUUAGAUAAACUGUUAACAAGACUUCGAGAGAGGGGAAACAGAGUACUGAUCUUCUCCCAGAUGGUGAGGAUGUUGGAUAUUCUGGCUGAAUACCUGACUAUUAAACAUUAUCCUUUCCAGCGUCUGGAUGGUUCGAUUAAGGGAGAAAUCCGAAAGCAGGCACUGGACCACUUCAAUGCAGAUGGAUCUGAGGACUUCUGCUUUCUGCUCUCAACACGGGCGGGUGGCCUAGGAAUUAACUUGGCUUCAGCGGACACUGUGGUCAUCUUUGACUCUGACUGGAACCCCCAGAAUGACUUACAAGCACAAGCCCGAGCACAUCGGAUUGGACAGAAGAAACAGGUGAAUAUUUACCGCUUAGUUACAAAGGGGACAGUGGAAGAAGAGAUCAUUGAACGAGCCAAAAAGAAGAUGGUGUUGGAUCACUUAGUGAUCCAGCGAAUGGAUACCACAGGCCGUACUGUUUUGGAUAACAACUCGGGAAGGUCAAAUUCUAAUCCUUUCAACAAAGAAGAACUAACAGCUAUUUUGAAAUUUGGAGCAGAGGAUCUCUUCAAAGAACUGGAAGGGGAGGAAUCAGAACCUCAGGAAAUGGACAUAGAUGAAAUUUUACGAUUGGCUGAAACCAGAGAGAAUGAAGUAUCAACAAGUGCAACAGAUGAGCUUCUAUCACAAUUCAAGGUGGCCAAUUUUGCAACAAUGGAAGAUGAAGAAACUGAGUUGGAAGAAAGAUCACAUAAGGACUGGGAUGAGAUCAUUCCAGAGGAUCAGAGGAAGAAAGUAGAGGAAGAAGAAAGACAAAAAGAGUUAGAAGAAAUUUAUAUGUUGCCCCGCAUUCGAAGUUCCGCAAAAAAGGCUCAGGCUAAUGACAGUGACUCGGAUGUUGAGUCUAAAAGAAGGGCCCAGAGAUCUUCUGGUUCAGAAAGUGAGACAGAUGAUACUGAUGAUGACAAGAGGCCAAAACGCAGAGGACGUCCUCGAAGUGUCAGAAAAGACCUUGUAGAGGGAUUUACAGAUGCUGAGAUUCGAAGGUUCAUCAAAGCAUAUAAGAAAUUUGGACUUCCUCUUGAACGUCUAGAGUGCAUUGCUCGGGAUGCUGAGUUGGUAGAUAAGUCUGUAGCAGAUCUGAAGCGAUUGGGUGAAUUGAUUCAUAACAGCUGUGUAUCAGCAAUGCAAGAAUAUGAGGAACAGCUGAAAGAAAAUGCCAGUGAAGGGAAAGGACCAGGGAAAAGAAGAGGUCCUACUAUCAAGAUUUCUGGGGUUCAAGUCAAUGUUAAAUCUAUUAUUCAGCAUGAAGAGGAGUUUGAGAUGUUGCACAAAUCUAUUCCUGUGGAUCCUGAAGAAAAAAAAAAAUAUUGCUUAACCUGUCGUGUCAAAGCCGCACAUUUUGAUGUAGAUUGGGGAGUGGAGGAUGAUUCUCGGCUAUUAUUGGGGAUUUACGAACAUGGCUAUGGCAACUGGGAGCUAAUUAAAACAGAUCCAGAGCUGAAAUUAACUGACAAAAUAUUACCUGUUGAGACAGAUAAAAAACCUCAGGGAAAGCAGCUACAAACUCGAGCUGACUACCUGUUAAAGCUGCUAAAGAAAGACUUGGACAAAAAGGAGUUGGUUAAAGAGGGUGAAGAGACCAAAUUAAAGAAGCGAAAGCCCCGUGUGAAGAAGGAAAACAAGGCUCCUAGAGUGAAAGAUGAGCAUGGAAAUGAAUUCUCAUCCCCUAGGCAUUCAGACAAUCCAUCAGAAGAGGGGGAAGUCAAGGAUGAUGGCUUGGAAAAAAGCCCCAUGAAAAAAAAGCAGAAGAAAAAAGAAAACAAAGAGAACAAGGAGAAACAGAUGGGUUCUAAAAAAGAAAAGGAAGGAGAUAGGGAAAGAAAGAAGACAAAGGAUAAGAAAGAAAAGCCUAAAGCAGGUGAUGCCAAAGCUGGGAAUAAAUCAAAAAGAGCUCAAGGUCCUGUCCAUAUUACUGCAGGAAGUGAACCAAUCCCCAUUGGAGAAGAUGAGGAUGAUGAACUGGACCAGGAAACAUUCAGCAUAUGCAAAGAGAGGAUGAGGCCAGUGAAAAAGGCUUUGAAGCAGCUGGAUAAACCAGACAAGGGACUCACUGUGCAGGAACAGCUAGAGCACACCCGAAACUGCCUCCUGAAGAUUGGAGACCGAAUAUCAGAGUGCCUUAAAGCCUACUCUGAUCAGGAGCACAUCAAACUGUGGAGGAGGAACCUGUGGAUUUUUGUAUCCAAGUUCACAGAAUUUGAUGCUCGGAAACUACAUAAAUUAUACAAAAUGGCUCAUAAGAAAAGAUCUCAGGAGGAGGAGGAGCAAAAGAAGAAAGAUGACAUGCCUGGCAGUAAAAAACCAUUUCGUCCAGAACCUUCAGGCUCAAGUCGUGAUUCUUUGAUGUCUCAAUCUCAUACACCUCACAACCUUCAUCCCCAGAAACUUCAUUUGCCUCCUUCUCAUGGACCACAGAUGCAUGGACACCAGCGAGAUAACUAUGGACACCCCAAUAAGAGACAUUUCAGCAAUGCAGACCGAGGAGACUGGCAAAGAGAGCGAAAAUUCAAUUAUGGUGGCAACAGCAACCAGCUCUGGGGUGGAGACCGGCAUCACCAGUAUGAGCAGCACUGGUAUAAGGAUCACCAUUAUGGGGACCGACGUUCUCAUGGAGAACCCCAUCGUUCUGGGAAUUACCGUCCAAACAACUUGUCACGCAAGAGGCCAUAUGACCCAUAUAGCAGUGACCGAGACCAUCGAGGACACAGAGAUUAUUAUGACAGACAUCAUCAUGACUCAAAACGACGAAGAUCUGACGAAUUCAGGCCUCCAAAUUACCACCAGCAAGAUUUCCGGAGAAUGUCUGAUCAUCGACCCCCUAUGGGUUACCAUGGCCAGGGUCCUUCAGACCAUUACCGAUCUUUCCACACAGAUAAAUCGGGAGACUACAAACAGCCAUUACCCCCUCCACACCCUGUAGUCACAGACCCUCGAUCACCACCAUCUCAGAAAUCUCCCCAUGAUUCAAAGUCACCUUUGGAUCAUAGGUCCCCCCUGGAUAGGUCACUAGAACAAAAAAACAAUCCAGAUUAUAACUGGAAUGUUCGGAAAACAUAAAUCAAAGGUCAAAAAGGAGGAGAACAAGAGUGAGCAAGCAUCUGAUGAUUUUUGGUCUGAUCCAAAAGAUGACCAGUUAUGAAAAUGAGUAACUGGAGACUCUGAACAUGCUGCUGCUACCACCUCACUUGGCUGAAGGAGGACUUCAGGGAGUGGGGAGGACUUCUCCUAGGUGUUAGUUUUGGUGGAGAUUCAAUUUUGCUUACCACCUUUACACUCCUGCCAUAGUUUCCAUUUUCAUUCUAUCCUCCCAUGCUGCCAGAAGGAAAGAGGUGUCAUUUUGUCUGUGGGCUUUUGUGGGGUUAUUAUCCCCCUCCCCCUAUUGAAGGAAGAACAAGAAUUGAUUGGAUUUGUAACCUAUUGGUUUUUUUUUUGGGGGGGGGGGGGUUGAGUUGUUUUUUACAACUAGGUGCAGUAUUUCCUUACUCUGAUUUGGUCAGGGGAGGGAAUGAACGAUUGCUGCUUAGAAAUUAAUGAACAGUGCUUGAUUUGAUUCACUAUUAUAUGAUGGAUGCUGCUGAUGGGGAAAAAAAAGUCUGAUUUCAUUCUGGCAUGAUAGUAUUUGAAGGUGGGCAGGUGAGCCCUUCAAAUGCUUAAUUGAGCUCUCAACAUGUCAUUAGAAGAAAUGUAGGAGCAAUAGACUUAGGUGUGGCCCACCCAGGAAGGGAGGGUAAGAGUUGAGGGUAGUGGCACUGAUGCAGCUGUCUCUAUCCAAUCUACACUAAUUUUCCCUGCAUUGUCUUUGUACAUUUCAAAGGUUUGGUUUCUUGUAGUCCUAUUGUUUACCUCCAUAAUGAGGAAAACUGGCUACUGUGGCUGAACUUCAGUACUGUGACAUUGGAAUUAACUUGGAUUUUUUUUUUCAGGGGGGGAGGAGGGAGGCAAAGGAGGGAAAGAAGAGAUAGAUAUAUCUUGAAUCCCUAAUGAGGUGUCUGUUUCACCCAAUAAAAAGAUUCAUUAAACAUUUGGUGCUAGCUAGCAUAUAAGACUGGGCUGUAGAUUCUGAAUGGGUUUCACAUUGUGCAAUACUUGCAAUGCUAAAAAAAAAAAGAGAGAGGCUUUCAGUAUUUUAACAGGGUGACAUCUGUAGAUUUUUACUUCUUUUGCACAAAUUAAAAGUUAGAACUCACAAAGAAUCACAUCUAUUGGCAAUAUCUAUUGAUAACUGGUCAGAUAAAAACAAAAGUUAGCUGCAGAAAGUAGGCUAUCAGAUGGCUGGCUUGAGAUCAUUGCAGUUUGUGUUUUAGUUGCUUUUAGGAUAAGAGCAGAAGAUACCCAUUGGGAUUUAUAGCUAGUAAAGGAGGCAUGGGGGGAGGGGAGGAACCAAAUGAGUUUUAUUGAGGUUAAUUGAAUCUGAAUGGUGAGGGGGAGGGGAAAGUUGGUGUGGUUAAGGGACAAAGUUGUAUGCCCCCCUCGGGAAGGCUGGGGCUCAAAUUUUUAUUCAUUUAAGCCCUAGUUAAUCAGUAUUCUUAAAUAUGCUAGUGUCCAAAGUCAUAACUAGAUGAAAAGAGGAUAUUUGACUAGAAUACGCAAUGAAACUUGGUAAUAAAUUUACGCCUACCAGGUAGAAAGAACCAAGAUCAGAAGUGGUACACAUAAGUAUGAUUACUUGGGCUCCCAUUCUGUUGGGAUACCUCCUUGAAAUGCCUUGUGGAUCUUUAAGAAAAUAUCAACACUUAUUUGCCAUGCAAUAAGGGCAACUCUAUUAAAGACACUCCCAAGAAAUGCCUCUAUUGUUUAACACCACUUGAGCAGAAAUGGUUUCGUGGUCCAUUGCUCCAUGCUAAACUAAACAUAUCAUGGAAACAGUCAACGAUCCAGGUCAUCAUGAGAGGCACAGAAAAUUUAAGAAGCUUCUGUGGUUGGCUAUGCAGCAAUUUUUGGUGGGCAGUUUUUCUUUAAUUUUUUUUUUUUCCCCUUCAUAGUGCUUUUGAUUCUUCAACUUGGACUUUCACAGUGGAAGCAUUGGGGCCAAGCACCCAAAGGUGUCAUAUUGCACAUAUCAGAAAUAAUCCUAUCAAAGAUUUAGAGCAGAUAUAACUGAGGAAAUUGGGAAAUAUUCUGUCCCUUUAUAAGCCACAAAGUGCUGUGGAAACAAAAAACCUUAGCUCUGCUAAUGGUUUUGGCGCCAUCCACAUGUUUGUCUUACCCAAGGCAAACCAGAAAGUAUUAAGAAAGCUCCUUUUAAUCUCAGCUGAUAUAGAAUGGUGAGCUAGUGAGGGAUUGAGCCCUGGUACAUUUUUCCCCUUUGGGAAUUCAGAUUAUGGGUUUUCCUACAGCUUUCAGUAAUCUUUAAUGAAGGUAUGGGUGGAUGGUUGGAGAAUAUACUUUUUUUUGGAUAUUCACCAAUAUUUGAUUUCAUUGAACUAGUUAGGCAAGGAAUGUUAGGCAACAAAGAUGUCUCAUCAUGAGGAGAAAAAACAACUUCACAUUGUUCACAUUCAUGAAAUGUUUUUGUCAAGACUUUUAGUGCCAUAAGAUGUAGCAAAAGGCAAUACUGGCCAGAUCAGUGUUAAAUUGAUUGUUUAACUACAGUAUCCCAAAUACUCUUAUACAUGUUUGGCAUCUGAACUAAGUCUAGGAGGGAGUAAGGAGAAAGGUGUUUCCUUCUUCAAAAUCAAAAUCAUUGUGACAAAAUGGUAUAUUUAAAGAAAAAAAUAAUGCAUGGAUGGAAGUUAUGUCUCUGUUUGGAGAAAAGAGGAAUUACUAUGGGAACCUCAGGAGUUCUCAGGACCCCAGAUUGGGGAGAUAUAUUUAGAGAUUUCUUUGGCCCGGAUGCUAAAGAGAAAGAAAAAUAACAUCACACCCAUUAAAAACAGUACCUGAAUGUAAACAAAAAGUACUAGUAGCUGAAAUGAUAGAGUCUUCAGUGAUAAUAUAAAACCAAAAACAAUUUUUAAAGCAUUCAAAGUCCAAAGGGGAAACAGUUGAGCACUCUGUGAGGAUUGAUGGCAAUAUCUUUAAAUGCUUUUCCUUCCUCCUACCUUCCAUAUCUCCAUUUUAUCCUCUAGCCAGUCAUUCCUUAAAGCCUUUUUAAUGGGAAAAGUGAAAACUUCUCACCUCUUGCUGCAUUUUAAAGUUAAGUACAUUCUAGCCUGAUGUCUGAAAAUUUUCAUCAGGAAGUGUGGUGCAAACCUGAUUCAGUUAUGAAUUUACACUAUGACCCGGAAAUUCUACAGACCAAAACCUAUGGUCAACAAGAAUUGUUGAUCUAGUGCCCAGUACACAUGGAGCUUCUGACUGUCUGAGAUCUUACUGUGAUCGAGGUAGGAGAUCGGUGCCAACGAUCCAGACGGCUGUAGUCCAUUUGCCCCCAGUCGUGUGGGGACAGACGGUUUCUCUUUCUUGUAAAAUUGUGGACUUUUAAGACCUGUUAACUAAAACAGUAAUUACUAUUAAUUUAUAUUUGUGAAAAAAUGCCACUGUCCUAGUGAUUUCUGAUGUAAAUAUGUUGUUUAUAUAGUAUGUAUUAAAUUUUCCUACAUUGUAAAACUGCUGUACUUUUGAUUCUUGUAUAUUAAAAAGUGUUACUAAGGAUUUUCAGAAUU